AUGCCCGACCGCUCCUACGUCUUCAAGCUCCUCUACGACGGUGGUCCGACCCCCACGUCCCGCCGCUACGGCUACUCGGGCGAGAUCGCGCUCCUUCAGGUCUAUAACGGCCUGUACGACCGCGCGAGCCAGAGCUUCGGUCUCCGCAAGGAAGACGUCAACCUCUACGUCCGCGACCGCGUCGGCAACCCCUCUGUCGCACUCGACACCUUCUCCUCUUUCGUCAAGCACGUCUGCGAGCCGCUCGACACGCACGCCGACGACUUCAUGAUCGACGAGAAGAAGCGCAUCGUGCUCGUCUUCAACGUCGUGAGCGCUCAGCAACUCGAGGCCGAGAGGCUCGCUGAGAAGGCGGCCGUAAGGGAGGCCAAGCACAAGGCCAAGGCGCUCGCCAAGGCUUUGAAGACGCAGAAGAAGGCCGCUGUCGAGAAGGAGGUGCAGGCCAAGGCGGAGCAGGUCGAGGUCGAGGAGAAGUCCGGCUACGCUCCUGCGUACAAGGUCGCAGAACCUGUCGCCGCUGCAUCAUCGCAGACGACGACCGAGACUGUCAACUCGCCGAUUUCGACGAAGGCCGACGAGACUCAGUCGUGGGCCGGCGUCAAGACGCUGCUCGACAAGUUCGUCCACGACUUGAACGCUCACCUCGCCGACACCUUCGGCGACCAAGUGACGCCUUUCGAGCUUCGUCCGCCGUCGACCGACACCAUCGAGGAGCCGGAGAAUGAUGCCGCAGUCGAAUCUGAGGUGCAGCCUAUCACCGAGCAGCCUGCCGAGCCCGCCGCGCAGGAACAACGUCCCGUUCAUACGCACGUCUUCUGCGAUCGCUGCAUGCGCACGGUCAUCGGGUCUCGCUUCAAAUGCACGUCGUGCUCGAACUACGACCUCUGCACCGACUGCAUCGACUCGCGCUUCUCGUUCCACCCCUCGCUUCACGCCUUCGCCGAAAUCGCUCGCCCCGGAGAUGCUGCCGUCGAGUCGACUCGCGGUGCUGCAGCUCGCCCCGAAGCUUCGAUCGUCGAGGAGAAGAAGCCGGCGAAGCACCCUGCCAACUGCGACUCGUGCCAGUUCCCGAUUGUCGGCGUCCGUUACAAGUGCCUCGAGUGCCCCGACUACGACCUCGACGCCGACUGCCACAACAACGCUGCCGAGAUCCACCCUCAGCACAAUUUUGUCCGCAUCAACGACCCGUCCGACUGCAAAAUUGUCCGCUCGAAGGAGUCGUUCGUCCGCCACCACAACAUCGUCUGCGACGGCUGCCAGAGGAACCCGGUCGUCGGCAUUCGCUACAAAUGCAUGCACCCGUCGUGCCCGGACUACGACCUCUGCUCGGUGUGCGAGGCGCUCCCAAACCCCCUUCACCCGCGCGACCACCCGCUCCUCAAGAUCCGCUCGCCUCUUCCACGCACGACCAGCAGUGCCCAGCUCCUCGCCGACGCGAAGAAGCGCGUGCAGGAGAGGCUCGGAGACGCAGAGCAGCUCGCGCAGGCUGCCGCUGCCGCGACGCUCUCGUCCGGUCCCGUCGCCGCCCUCCUCAAGUCGCUCGGCGUCCAGCUGCCUCAGGCAUCUUCGUCGCCGGACACCGCCUCGACGAGCUCGAACGCCCCUUCGCUGAGCAACGCGACGCUCGUCGACGGACCUGGCGGCGACAAGACGCUCGUCGUUGAUGUCGACGUUUCGACUCUCCCCGUCGAGCAGCAGCGCCACCUUCCCUCCGAGAUCCGCCUGCCGGUCAAGCUUGCGGACGAGCCUCCGAAGGACAGCAAGUCACAGGGCCCGUACGAGGUCGAGCACCUUGUCCGUGCCGCGGAGCAGGAAGUCGACGAGGCUGAGCAGAUUCCCGACGAUGUCGAGGAGCACGAGGAGGAGGAAGAUUCGAACGUAGAGGAGGAGCUGCAAGUCGAGAAGAAGACGGAAGAGGCCGUGCCUCGCGCCACCUUCGUCAGCGACAUUACGCUUCUCGACGGCUCGGUUGUCCCCGCCGGAUCCGAGUUCCACAAGGUUUGGGCCGUCCGCGCUGGCAGCCAAGGCUGGCCCGCCGGCUGCCACCUCGUUCACGUCGGCGGCUUCUCGGGCAAGUACUUCUCGGGCAACGGCGACAAGCCGUCGUCCUUCGAGAUUCCCGCCGCUCAGCCGGGCGAGAUCGUCGAGCUCCAGGUCGAGUGCAAGGCGCCCGAGGAGAACGGCCGCUUCAUGGACUUCUGGCGCGUCGCCUUGCCCGGUGGCACGCCCUUCUCGGACCGCCUCUGGAUCGACAUCACCGUCGAGUCGGAGGGCGAUGUCGUCAAGGAUGGCACGGCGACCGGGUCUUCGCUUACCUCGUCCUUCGUCGCCCCCUCGCUCAAUGCGCACGGCAAGGCUGCGUCGUUCCCGCCUAGCGAGGCUGCCGUCACCACGCCCUCGGUCACCGCCCCUCCCUCCUCGUCCGGCUUCUCGGUCCCCUCCCACCUCGCACCCUCGUCUCGCAGCGGCCUCGACGAUGGCAGCGACUUUGAGUCCGUUCGCCCCACGAGGACCGUCUCGCGUGCGGGUAGCGAGGCUGUCUACGUCUCGGACGACGACGGCUCGAGCGAUGAGGACAGCAGCGACGAGACCGAGACCGACUCGAGCGACUCGGACGACUCGUCUGACCACAGUGAAGACGACUUUGUUAUGCUCAGCGGUGACGAGGCCUAG